AGCUUUUGCGUUGGUGAUAUUUGUAUAAAUACGCAUUUGGAAGAGGAGGUGUUUUAGAAGAACAUCAUCAUCAGAACAAAAACAGCCAAAGAGGAUUUCUGCGACGGAACUUCCUUUUUCGGCUUUCAGUGUCUCUUUGUUUCUGUCACUCAUCGCCACAAAUCCCUUCUUUACCCCUUUCUUUCCCUCCUUCUAACCUUCAACGCGCAUUCCUUGUUGUUUCCCACUGGAUUACGAUUCCGAUCGGAGCGUCUAUUCUUACAAAUCAAUCGUGUUUCGUUGGAUUUGGAUUGAACUCUAAAUAAUGUGCUGUGCCGGUGGACAUUACUGUAAGAAGAACAGUGAUGUUUGUGGCCAGGAGUCGAGUCAAGCAUGGGGCAUAUCAAGAAUGUGCUGCAUUUUGCGUGCUUUGGAUGUAAAAACAUUAAUAUUUGUUUUUGCUGUUGUGCCAAUGUGCACAUUUGGCAUAUACUUGCACGGACAGAAAAUCUCGUACUUCCUUAGACCGCUGUGGGAAAAACCUCCGAAGCCUUUCAUUGUCAUUCCUCAUUACUACAACGAAAUCGUGUCGAUGGAAAAUCUCUGCAGACUUCAUGGCUGGGGGGUGCGCGAGUUCCCAAGACGUGUGUACGAUGCUGUGUUGUUCAGCAACGAAUUGGAGAUACUUAACCUGCGGUGGAGAGAACUGUAUCCUUACAUAACACAGUUUGUUCUGCUAGAAUCAAAUUCCACCUUCACGGGUAGGCCUAAACCUCUGGUUUUCAAAGGCAACCGGGAGAAGUUCAGAUUUGUGGAUUCUCGAUUAACAUAUGGAACCAUCGGAGGGAGAUUCAUCAAAGGAGAAAACCCGUUCAUCGAGGAGGCGUAUCAGCGUGUAGCAUUGGAUCAUCUCCUUAAGAUAGCUGGUAUCACUGAUGACGACUUGCUGAUAAUGUCUGAUGUUGAUGAGAUUCCAAGUGCUCACACUAUUAACCUCUUGCGUUGGUGUGAUGAUGUGCCUUCAAUCCUUCAUCUUCAGCUGAAGAACUAUCUAUAUUCAUUUGAGUUUCUUGCGGAUGAUAACAGCUGGAGAGCCUCCGUUCACAGGUAUCAGAGUGGUAAGACAAGGUAUGCACAUUACCGCCAAUCUGAUAACUUGUUAGCAGAUGCUGGUUGGCAUUGCAGCUUCUGCUUCCGCCGUAUCAGCGAUUUCAUCUUUAAGAUGAAAGCUUAUAGUCACAAUGACAGAGUCAGAUUCUCUCAUUAUCUAAAUCCCAAGAGAAUUCAAGAUGUAAUAUGCAAAGGUGCUGAUUUGUUUGACAUGCUACCAGAAGAGUACACCUUCAAGGAAAUCAUUGGUAAAAUGGGACCAAUACCCCACUCUUAUUCUGCAGUUCAUCUCCCUGCUUAUCUGCUGAAAAAUGCAGACAAGUAUAGAUUUCUCUUGCCUGGAAAUUGCUUGAGAGAGGACAGAUGAUCCUAGGAUGCUAAUUUAUGAUGCAGUUUUGUUGUGCAGCUACGGAGAUACAGAUACUUCUCAUACAGUUUCGGUGUUCUGUAAGAUUCUUUUGUUCUCCAGAAUUUUGUUUUGUUAGAAAAAAUUCUUUGAUCUUGGAGACAAUUGUGUACAUAGUUUUUACACUUGAUCUUCUUUAAGUAAAUCUAUUAUGUUUAUUAGGUUUUAGAAUACAUGUUUGCAGUCCUGAGGUAUUAGUGUGGCUAAUUCCCACAUAAGAACAGUAGUUUAAAGUUCCCAUCACAUGAUGUUAUGAAUUAGCGGUGACAGUGAUUUUAAGGAUUCGUCGUAGUUGUUAUUCAAGAAUGUUAUGGGAUCUCAUUUUAUGAAUUCUAUUCAAGAGAAGUGCAGCAUUACCUA